CCGAUCCAUUCCCUCGGACCGCCUCCGCUCCGUUCUCUCAAGUGCCUCUAUUGGUCGAGCCUGAGGCAGUAUGGCUGCGCCCGCGUAAGCCGGGUCCGCUCCACGGGGUCAGACUGCACCAUGCUGAGAGCCGCGUGCAGGACCCUGAGGUCCGUCCGACCCCGAGCAGCGGCGCAGACCCCCGUCUUGGAGCUGCCGAGCGUUGGGAGCGUCAGGCUUCCCUUGCAUCCGCGGGGCCUGCGACCUCCAAAUCUCCUCCUCCAGGCCGCCCGCGGUCUUGCCAACCAGAAACCAGUCCAGCCCAUCCGAGACAAUGACCCACCCCCCUCCACACUGCUUAAAGACUACCAGAACAUUCCUGGGAUGGACAAGGUGGAUGAUGUCGUGAGAAGACUCUUGUCUUUGGAAAUGGCCAACCGGAAGGAAAAACUGAAAAUCGUGCAAGAACAGCUGAUGAACAAGGUUGUGACAAAGCCUGAGGACACCAGAUCCCUGGAGGCUCGAAUUGUUGCCUUAACUGUCAAGAUCUGCAAUUAUGAAGAGCACCUGCAGAAACAUCGAAAGGACAAAGCUCACAAGCGCUACCUGCUGAUGAGCAUUGACCAGAGGAAGAAGAUGCUCAAGCAACUCCGCAACACCAACUACGACGUGUUUGAGAAGACCUGCAGGGAGCUAGGGAUCGAGUACACCUUCCCGCCACUCUACUACCGAAAGGCCCACCGCCGCUUCCUCGCCAAGAAGGCACUGUGCAUCCAGGUUUUCCAGCAGGUGCAGAAGCUAAAGAAGCAAAAACAAGCCUUGCAGGCGGCAGCAGCCGCAGCCCAAAAACAACGAGAGCAGGAAAACCCAGAAAGCCCUUCCACAGCCUGACCUGAAACAGUGCCGAGAGAACCAAUAAAAGUCUAUUCAGAUCUUCCUGUGCGCCUUGGGAAAUAAACAGAAGAAAGAUGAGGCUCCUUCUGGCCUAAGGA